GAGAAACGAGAAAGAGAGUGAGCGCGUUAGCUUUAGAUACUAGGCAACGGGUGGAGGAACAGGCGGAGAGAGCGAGAGAGAGGCGGCUCCUUGUCUCACCCACACCCAGUAGCCGGCAGAUCGAAAGAAUAUCUCUUCUCCAAAGGAGAGGGAGGGGUGAAGGCCGUGGAGCCGCCGCUGAGGAGCGACCCUCCGCCGGCGCUCUCCGAGAUGAGGCAUGUGCUGACUAGUUGAAAUUGAAGGAAGCAUGGCUCAGUUUCCGACAGCUUUUGGAGGGGGCCUGGAUAUCUGUGCCAUUACUGCAGAAGAAAGAGCCAAGCAUGACCAGCAGUUCCAUAGUAUCAAACCAGUUGGUGGACUGAUUACCGGUGAUCAAGCCCGAAACUUCUUCCUUCAGUCUGGAUUACCUCCACCUGUACUUGCACAAAUAUGGGCUCUGGCUGACUUGAAUAAUGAUGGAAAGAUGGAUCAGUUGGAGUUUUCUAUAGCCAUGAAACUGAUUAAGCUAAAACUGCAGGGUCAUCCGCUUCCCUCCACACUGCCUCCCAUCAUGAAACAAAUACCAAUAGCCAUGUCAACAGCAGGAUUUGGUAUUGGUAAUGUUUCAGCGAUGCCCUCGAUGGGACCAGUAGCGCCGUUAUCAAUGGCAGCAAUGCCAGUGGUGGGCAUGUCACCACCGUUGGUGUCUUCUGUUCCUACGGCAGGAGUUCCUGCACUAGCCAAUGGGGCACCUUCUGUGGUACAGCCUCUACCUGCCUUUGCUCAUACGGGAGCCACAUUGCCAAAGAGUUCUUCAUUCAGUCGCUCUGCAUCAGUCAGUCAAGCAAAUGGAACAAAACUACAAAAGGCACAGUCAUUUGACAUAGGGAAUGUCACUGUGCCGCCUUUGGCUGCUGGUGUAGAAUGGGCUGUUCCACAAUCGUCAAGGUUGAAAUACAGGCAGCUUUUCAACAGUCAUGAUAAAACAAUGAGUGGACAUUUAACAGGCCCACAGGCAAGAACCAUCUUAAUGCAAUCCAGUUUACCACAAGCUCAAUUGGCAUCUAUAUGGAAUCUUUCUGACAUAGAUCAAGAUGGAAAGCUUACAGCGGAGGAAUUCAUUCUGGCUAUGCACUUAAUUGAUAUGGCGAUGUCAGGACAGCCAUUGCCUCCUGUACUGACUCGAGAGCUGAUUCCACCAACGUUCAGAAGAGCCAGGUCUGGUAGUGGAAUGUCUACUGGAAGCUCAUUGAGUAUUGAUCAACGGGUACCUGAAGAACCACAAGACGAAGAAACUGAAAAGAAAUUGCCUGUUACAUUUGAGGAUAAGAAACGUGAGAAUUUUGAACGGGGGAAUCUUGAACUGGAAAAGCGACGGCAAGUUCUUCUGGAACAACAGCGAAAGGAGCAGGAGCGCCUUGCCCAACUGGAACGUGCAGAGCAGGAACGGAAAGAGCGAGAGCGGCAAGAACAAGAAAGGAAAAGGCAGAUGGAGCUCGAAAAGCAACUGGAGAAACAACGAGAAUUCGAACGACAGAGAGAGGAAGAGAGAAGAAAGGAAAUAGAAAGGCGAGAGGCUGCAAAACGUGAACUUGAAAGGCAGCGCCAGCUUGAAUGGGAGAGGAAUCGUCGGCAGGAACUCUUGAACCAACGCAACAAAGAACAAGAAGAUAUUGUAGCCUUGAAAGCAAGGAAAAAGACUUUAGAGUUUGAACUUGAAGCCCUUAAUGAUAAAAAGAAUCAGUUGGAAGGCAAGCUUCAAGAUAUCCGAUUUCGUCUCUCCACUCAAAGGCAUGAGAUUGAGCAUACAAAUCAAACACGGGAGUUACGAAUUUCAGAAAUCACACAUCUACAGCAACAGUUGCAGGAAUUUCAACAGAUGCUCAGUCGACUGAUUCCUGAGAAGCAGUCUCUCAAUGAUAAACUGAAGCAGGUCCAGCAGAACAGUCUACAUAGGGACACUAUUCUUACUGUUAAAAAGUCUUUGGAAAACAAAGAGUUGACUAGACAACAUCUUCGUGAUCAACUAGAUGAAGUUGAGAAAGAAACAAGGGCAAAACUCCAGGAGAUAGAUGUCUUCAAUAAUCAGUUAAAGGAACUGAGGGAAAUUCAUAGCAGACAGCAACUGCAGAAACAGAAGGAAGCUGAACUUGAAAGGCAAAAACAAAAGGAGCAAGAGCGGAGGACAGCAGAACUUGAAAGGCAACAUGAGAAAGAAGCUGCCCAGAGAUCUGCCCAAGAACGUGAUAAACUUUGGCAGGAACAAGUACAAAGGGAUGAGGAUGAACGACUAAAGAAUCUCCAGGAACAGCAAAGUAGAAGAACAGAAGAAACCUCCCAAAAGAAGGAGAAAAGCAAGCAGGAAGUAUUGAGCAGAAUGUUUCAACAGCACCUGGAGCCAGUGAAAGACCAGUCUCGGAGUGGAUGGCAACCACCAGAAAAACCUUCACCUGUAAAUACUGAUCAAGAUGGUAUUAAGGUUGUAUAUUAUAGAGCAUUGUAUCCAUUUGAAGCUAGGAGCCAUGAUGAGGUUACUAUUUAUCCUGGAGAUAUUAUAAUGGUGGAUGAAAGUCAAACUGGAGAACCGGGAUGGCUUGGAGGUGAACUCAAAGGGAAAACUGGAUGGUUUCCUGCUAACUAUGCAGAGAAGAUUCCAGAGAAUGAAGUGCCACCGAAUUUGCAGUCGGGAGCAAAGCUGACUGCAAAGAUUGCGCCUCAUACAGUGGCUGCAAGUGUUGUGCAACCAGCAACAGAGCCUGCGAUGUCCUCCAAUUGGGCAGAUUUUAGCUCAACAUGGCCCACAACAGGCAGUGAGAAGCCAGAGAGUGAUAAUUGGGAUGCCUGGGCCACACAGCCAUCACUAACUGUUCCUAGCACAGGGCAGCCUCGGCAGAGAUCAGCUUUUACCCCUGCCACUGUAUCUGGAUCAUCUCCAUCACCUGUAUUAGGACAGGGAGAGAAGGUUGAGGGACUUCAAGCACAAGCAUUAUAUCCUUGGAGGGCAAAGAAGGAUAAUCACCUCAACUUCAACAAAAAUGACAUAAUUACAGUUUUGGAACAACAGGAUAUGUGGUGGUUUGGAGAGGUUCAUGGACAGAAGGGCUGGUUCCCCAAAUCCUAUGUAAAACUCAUUUCAGGACCUGUAAGAAAAUCCAUCAGUGUGGAUUCUACUUCUUCGGAAAGCCCUCCUAGCUUGAAGAGAAUGACCACCCCACCUUCAAAGCUAUCUGCAGCACAUGGAGAUGAACCUUGCAGGGAGGAGGCUGCUCCGCCUCGACCUCCCUUUCUCCCAAGGAAAGAUUCCAACUUGAGGGUUCCUUGCCCUUCAGAGAUGCUCUUUGCUGCUUCUGGUGGAGAAGAGUUUGUUGCUAUGUACACGUAUGAAAGCAAUGAACCUGGGGAUUUAACUUACCAGCAAGGUGAUGUGAUUCUUGUGACAAAGAAAGAUGGUGAUUGGUGGACAGGAGUUGUAGGAGAAAAAGUGGGAGUCUUCCCAUCCAACUACGUCAGACCAAAAGACUCUGAGGGACCUGGGCAAACUGGGAAGAGUGGAAGCCUAGGAAGAAAGCCUGAAAUUGCUCAAGUGAUAGCUCCUUAUACAGCAACUGGUGCUGAGCAACUUACCCUGGCACCUGGUCAGCUCAUUCUCAUUCGCAAGAGAAAUGCUGGUGGAUGGUGGGAAGGGGAGCUUCAGGCUCGAGGAAAGAAGCGACAAAUAGGAUGGUUUCCUGCCAAUUAUGUGAAGCUUCUCAGCCCUGGAACAAAUAAAAGUACUCCAACUGAUGCUGCAAGACCACCCACAACAACAAAUGUUUUGUUCCAGGUAAUUGGUAUGUAUGACUACAUUGCACAGAAUGAUGAUGAACUUGCAUUUGCCAAAGGACAGAUCAUCGGUGUUCUCAAUAAGGACGAUCCAGAUUGGUGGAAAGGGGAGCUCAAUGGGGUCACUGGUCUCUUCCCAUCUAACUACGUGAAGCUAACAACUGAUAUGGACCCAAGCCAGCAAUGGUGUGCUGACUUACAUUUAUUGGACAUGCUAACUCCUUCAGAGCGGAAGCGACAGGGCUAUAUCCAUGAGCUGAUUGUCACAGAAGAAAACUAUGUGAGUGACCUGCAGCUAGUCACUGAGGUCUUUCAGAAACCUUUGCUAGAGUCUGAUUUGCUGACAGAGAAGGAAGUGGCCAUGAUUUUUGUGAACUGGAAAGAGCUCAUCAUGUGUAAUAUUAAAUUGUUGAAGGCAUUACGGGUGAGAAAGAAGAUGUCAGGGGAGAGGAUGCCUGUGAAAAUGAUUGGUGACAUAUUAACAGCGCAAUUGCCUCACAUGCAGCCAUAUAUCCGAUUCUGCAGCUGUCAGCUUAAUGGAGCAGCACUGAUUCAACAAAAAACAGAUGAAGUUUCAGAAUUCAAGGAAUUUGUUAAAAGACUAGCAAUGGACCCACAAUGUAAAGGAAUGCCACUGUCAAGUUUCCUACUGAAGCCGAUGCAAAGAGUAACACGCUACCCAUUAAUAAUAAAAAAUAUUCUGGAAAACACCCCAGAAAAUCAUCCUGAUUUUAGCCACCUGAAACAGGCUCUUGAAAAGGCUGAGGAGCUGUGUUCUCAGGUGAACGAAGGUGUGCGAGAGAAAGAAAAUUCUGACAGGCUGGAGUGGAUCCAGACACAUGUACAAUGUGAAGGUUUGUCUGAGCAACUUGUUUUUAACUCCGUCACAAAUUGCUUGGGUCCUCGGAAAUUCCUACACAGUGGUAAACUUUAUAAAGCCAAAAGUAACAAGGAGCUUUAUGGCUUUCUCUUCAAUGAUUUCCUGCUACUGACGCAGAUCAUCAAACCACUAGGUUCCUCAGGAACCGACAAGGUCUUCAGCCCCAAGUCGAAUCUACAGUAUAAAAUGUACAAAACUCCUAUUUUUCUGAAUGAGGUAUUGGUGAAGUUGCCUACAGACCCAUCUGGUGAUGAGCCUAUUUUCCACAUCUCCCAUAUCGACAGGGUGUACACACUUCGUGCUGAGAGCAUCAAUGAAAGAACAGCUUGGGUGCAAAAGAUUAAAGCUGCUUCAGAACUCUACAUUGAAACAGAAAAAAAGAAGCGCGAGAAGGCCUAUUUGGUUCGUUCUCAAAGGGCUACAGGCAUCGGAAGGCUAAUGGUGAAUAUAGUCGAGGGCAUAGAGCUGAAAGCAUGCAGAUCCAAUGGUAAGAGUAAUCCUUACUGUGAAGUGACUAUGGGCUCUCAGUGUCACAUCACAAAAACCAUUCAAGAUACUCUGAACCCCAAAUGGAACUCAAACUGUCAGUUCUUCAUUAAAGAUCUGGAACAGGAUGUACUGUGUAUUACUGUAUUUGAGCGUGACCAGUUCUCACCAGAUGAUUUUUUGGGGCGUACUGAAAUUCGUGUUGCUGAUAUCAAAAAAGACCAAGGCUCUAAAGGACCUGUUACAAAGCGACUUCUGCUGCAUGAAGUCCCUACUGGCGAGAUAAUUGUUCGUCUGGAUCUUCAACUUUUUGAUGAAGCAUAAAAGUGAUAUACUGUAUAUGUGUAUUUCUGUACUU